AUGCAUAUUGUUCUUGAUAAGUUUGACUCGGCGAUAAUUUCUUCUGAAGAAAUAAAAGCACAAGAUCUUCUUAAACAUGGUAAAAUUGAUCAAGGCAUUGCAAUCUACCAGUGUUUGAAACCUGAAUCAGCUCGAAUACUCAACAUUAUUGGUAUAUUGUAUGCAACAAAGAAAGAUGAUUAUCAUUCUGCAAUCAUAUAUUACUAUAAAGCACUCAAAAUUCAAGAAAAGAAUGGUGAUGAUAUGAGUAAUACUCUCAGUGAACUUGGUAUUGCUUAUCAAAUUCUUCAUGAAUUUGAUUUAGCUUUAAAUUAUCAUUCUCGUGCUCUCUGUAUACGAAAGUUAGCUUAUACUAUCGAUCAAACAUUAAUUGCGAAUAGUCUUCUUGGAAUAGCAAAUGCUUAUUGGGGUCAACAAAAUUUAACUGAAGCACUUAACUAUGCUCAACAAGCAGUCAAUUUGAAUGAAUCAAUUGAAACUGGAAAUGAAUUGAACUUAUCAACAAGUUUAGCAAUACUUGCUAAUAUUUAUUACAGUUGUGGGAAUGGUUAUCAAGCACUUGAAGUAAUCACACGAGCCUUAAUUCUUCUUGAACGUUGUGUAUCAUCUGACUCACUUAUAUUAGCCUCAUUUUUGAAUAAUUUAGGAACAAUUCAGAUUAAUAAUAAUAAUAAUAAUAAUAAUAAUAAUAAUAAUAAUAAUAAUGAAUAUUAA